AUGACCAACUGCUGCUCCUCUUGCUGCCAGCCUACCUGCUGCAGGACCACCUGUUGCAGGACCACCUGCUGGAGACCAAGCUGUGUGACCAGCUGUUGCCAGCCCUGCUGCCAGCCCAGCUGCUGUGGCUCCAGCUGCUGCCAGCCCUGCUGUCAAACCACCUGCUGCAGGACCUGCUUCCAACCAUGCUGUGUGAGCAGCUGCUGCCGCACACCCUGCUGCCAGCCCUGCUGCUGUGUGUCCAGCUGCUGCCAGCCCUGCUGCCAGCCCAGCUGCUGUCAGUCCAGCUGCUGCAAGCCCUGCUGCGAGCCCUUCUGCCUCAACCUGUGCUGCCAGCCAGCCUGCUCUGGACCUGUGACCUGCACCAGGACUUGCUACCAGCCUACAUGUGUCUGUGUGCCUGGAUGUCUGUCCCAAGGUUGUGGGUCCAGCUGCUGUGAGCCCUGUGGUUGUUGA